AGUCUAUCAACGAUCUUCAUUAGAUAUUAGUUGGCCGUGAAAAGCGUGAUUUUGUUUUCGGUGCAUGUUAAAUGAUAUAAAAAUUGGGAAAUAGGACGCUGAAAGGUCCUUGUCAACGUAGAUAUUAGUUUUUUUUCGGAACUAUUUAUUAAACUAUUAUUUAUUUGUGCGCGUGGACUUCGUUACUCACGUAAUUUAUUUGUUUUUGUUUAAUUUUUGUUGUUAUUGAACUUUAAAGAAACAAAAGAGAGCCUGUGUUUAUUGAUAAUUCAGAAUAUGGAUUCGGCGGUGCCAUAUCAGUCUCAUUUUGGUUAUUCGUCAACCGAUAUGAGCUGGUCAUAUAAUUCAAACGUCACGCCAAUGAAACAAAUUGAAGCUUGUUUGCAGAGUGCUGGAAAAGACAGAAAAGCUUAUUCUCCGUUGGAUCAAGCAGAUGCUCUUUCACUAGACGACAAUGAUACCAACAGAAUAGAUAAUAACAAUAGAAUUAGUACCCAUAACAAAAAUCAUACAAACUUGAAUUCAACAAGUCCUGCAUUAGUCAACGCUGGUGCCAUUUUGGAAAUGAAACACCUUUGGGACGAAUUCCACAGUCUAGGAACUGAAAUGAUUGUAACAAAAGCUGGUAGAAGAAUGUUUCCUACAUUCCAAGUCAAACUGUGUGGACUUGACUUACAUUCAGAGUAUAUGUUGAUGAUGGAUUUUGUUCCUGUAGACGAUAAGAGAUACAGAUACGCUUUCCACAGCUCAAGUUGGGUGAUUGCAGGUAAAGCUGAUCCUGUUUCACCUCCUCGGAUACACGUUCACCCUGACAGUCCCGCUACUGGUGCGCAAUGGAUGAAACAAACCGUGUCAUUUGAUAAACUCAAAUUAACAAAUAAUCAACUGGACGAUAACGGGCAUAUCAUUUUGAAUUCGAUGCAUAGGUACCAACCAAGGUUUCAUAUAGUCUACUUACCUCCAAAGAAUGCCUCUUCUGAUGAAAGCUGUACUGAAAAUUUCAAGACUUUUGUUUUCCCUGAAACAUCUUUUACGGCUGUAACUGCUUAUCAAAAUCAUAGGAUAACCCAAUUAAAAAUAGCUAGCAAUCCAUUUGCAAAGGGUUUUCGUGAUUGUGAUCCAGACGACAGUUCGGAAGUAGUCACUCAACCUGCCCAGUCACCUAGAAAUAGGGCAACUUCCAGAUCUACUCCCAAUCACCUAACAAAUAAAGAUGAUGAUACUCAAGACCAAAUCCUUCAACCAUCAGACAACAGUCGCCAAUCCCAUCCUUCGAUGAUUUUCCAAAAUCGAUAUCAAAGUACCACCCAGUCAUCUGUUCAACCAUUGAUACAAUCAAAUUUAUUAACGAGCGGACUUGGUACAAUAGGACAACCUUACUCUACUGAUAUCUGUAAUUAUGGACCAAUGUACCAUUCUCAUAAUAUGUUACAUAACUAUAAUCCUGUAUAUAGUAACGAAAACGCCAUGAGGACGCCGAAAUUUGGUAGAACGAUUUAUGGUAAUUUUCCAAGUACUAGUUUCUACGGUAACGGAUCUUUUAGAACCACGGGGCUGCAUCAAAACGGGUACGAUUUUACACCGAGAUGAUUUAGUUAUUAUUUUAGUCAUAAAUUCGAAAUAUCAUUGAUUGUUAGGCAGAAAAAAAUCUUUCGAAUACUAUUUAUAGACAAUAUAAACAGUAUAGAAAAACCAAAUAAAAUAAAUUCAUUAUUUGAGUAACUAGACAUAUGAAAUAUACCGUAGCACACAAAUUCAAACUUGACUUGUUAUGAUAGUGGCCAAGAAACAUGCUAAAAAUGUUGAGGCCAGUAAAAUAUUCGUUAAAGAUCGUAACAAUAAUAAAAAAUGUAUCCCAUAAUUCACAGUCAAACACACACACACACACACACUUUUCCUUAAAAAUUAUUAUUAUUUAUUGAAGUGGUGGAGGUAAAACAGAAGUUGCUUUCAACGAAAUACAAUAUGUUGGAAAUGAUAAAUCAGUUUUGUUUGAAAAUAUAGGCUCCCUCACACGCGAAAGCCAUAAAUUCCAUCAUUUUGUUUUCUGAGAACCCAAAAAUCUCCGAAAUUAUAAAAAUCGCUUCCAAAUUUUUCACAAAGCAACAUUAUCAUUUUCAGAAUACUCUACAUUAACACUAAUACAUUGAUUUCACCGGUGCUUCAACAGUUUGUUGUACUCAUCUGUAUAAAUUGCGGACAGCUUCUUCCUCGUUUUUCCUUGACCUAAUCAAUGUUGCAGAAUCGGUGUACUUUCAGUAACAACGUAACAAUGUUAUUGUCAUGGGAGAAGAUCCAGUCUUCUGUCUGUCAGAAGUCGGGACUUUUUGAUUAAUACUAUUGUAUUGUACAUUUUGAUACAUCUACUGUCUAACUCUGCUCUUGACCCGUCGGCAUUUCUUUUAGUCUAUAUAAAAUUAUCUUAAUGGUGAAAAUCACUUGCUGUAGUACUUCAUGAGAAAUCUCUAUAAUUUAUGGUUUUACAAGAAAAGUUACAGAAGGCAUAACGGCACAUAUAUCAUUAAUUAGUCUUUGAAAUUUAUAUCAAUUGUUUCACUUCACAAAACAAGAAAAGAACUUAAUUUUUUCCACUAUCACUUAUAUGUUAAAAUGCUAUUUUUGAUCAUUGAAAAGAUCGCUAGUCACAAAGUGAUCAAUUUAGGGUUUUAAAUUAUUAAUUAUAAUUUAUUUGAAUAAUUAUUUUUGUAUAAAUUACCAACAUUCACAAUAGAAUAGUUGAUCAUUUUCCACUCAAUAGUGAAAGACUUCGAAAUAUCUUAACUUCCAUUUUAACUUACAACUUUUUUUUGAUUUAAACGUUUUAACCCAUUGGUUCUCAAACGUUUCAUAGACCACUUUCAAAACUUUGCGGGAUCCAGUACCCCCUUGCAGCUACAUUACUACCAAUUUUCAAAUCUCGAAAAAAUGUGGAUAUUAAAUCUAUGUACGGAAACUUGCGUUGUGGCUGAGUUUCAACGACAAAUUAACAGUUUUCGAGAAAAAAUGUUAAAAUUUGGUAAUAAAAUCAAUUAAGAAAAUUAAGUUAAAUUUUAUUCGGUGGUGCUAUGAGUGGAUAACAAAAAAGCAAAGUUGGUCAAUCAAAAAACUGACUUUAUCCAAUUUUACAUUUUUUCAAUCUACAGUGACUCACAGCAGAAGAACCAAUCAAUUCUCGCAAAUUUUAGUUAGAAAACUUUCCAUUGGAGUGGUAAAAAGAAAUAUAGUAUAUUUUCUUAUGUGGUAGAUAUUUAUUCAAAUAUAUAAAUUAUUACAGUAUUAAUUAUUAUUGUAGUAACAGUCGUAAUAUAAUCGAAAUUGAACACUUAUAACAUAAUAUAAAUUCCACAAUGUUAAUUUUAACAUACUGUACUGAUUGACAGCAAAUUGUCAAUAUUUGUCUUGAGCAAUCUGCUUCUUUUUGUGUUUAUAAAUUUGUAACGGCACUGAAAAUUUUCUCGACAAGAUAUGACGAGUGAAACGUGAUCAGAGCUUUUGCACAAUCAUCAACAGUCCAAGAUAUUUUUCGGGUAUUUCUACCUGCAGCCAAAAUUUUUGAUACCUUCUUUUAAAUGUCACUUUCAGCUCUACAUUAGCGAUAAGCUCGAGUAGCUCUUCUGGUAAUAUCACAUUCUCUACUUCCAUUUUAUCGUAUAAAUUUAUGAUGGUGGUAUUUCCAUCGACAGAAUAUCUUUGAUCUGAUUUUAGAAUGAUGCAGACCAAUAUAAGUCAAAAAGUAGAUAAAAUCUAGAUGAAUAUGCACCUUUCGAAAACCAGAGUGCUUCGGUAUGUAACAGCAAUCGUUGGAAGUCAUUUUCAUCACAAAAUGAUUGCUUUGCAAUGCUUCUUAUUUUGUUAACUGCAUUACUCACAAUUUGAAGCGAUUGGUGCAAUCUAUCACUAAAAUUUUUCGCUACUAGAAGUUGUUGGUGGAUAACAUAGUAAAUUGCAAUUACCUCUGGUAUAAUUAUCCUAAGAUGUCUUAUCAUUCCCGAUAUCGCCCGACCAUAGCAGGAGCUCCAUCUGUUGCUACCGAAAUAACGUUUGAGAAUGGAAUAUGCAAGUUUUUACAAGUAACAGUCGCUGAGCUUCUCAAAAUAUUAUCUGCCUAUAUUGAUAGAUAUUGAUAGAAGUCAAGCCAACAUUUUACUUUUUUUUUUACUAUUGAAACCAAAUUAAUUUUCAUGGAACCCGCUUACGAUUUUGGAGUCUCAUUUUUUGUCACGCACGUAGACCCCCGUCGAGUCUCUCGUGGACCCCUGGUGGUAUACCUGUACCAAUCUGGGAAACACGGGUUUAAUCGUUUACUUAAAACAUCGCUUAAUAUAAAAUAAAUAUUGUGAUUGAUGGAAAUAUCUGAAACUAGUAUUGUUCAAGAGUCUCAACAUAAAUAUAGAAAAUGAUAAACAGGAAUAUUGAGAAUCUAUGAAACGUGAUUUAUUCCAUCUAGGAGAUAUGACGGUUUAUUUAGAUUUUACUUGUUGAAUAUUAAGAAGGUUGUUUUUUCCUGUAGGCCGUGAAUAAAAGAUGUAACGAGAUUAUUUCGUUUUACUUACUACAGUAACUAUGAAAUAUUUUCAUAACCUCUGCAUAAUCUGCCACCAGUGAACUAAGAUAAAUCUUUACAGCUUGUGGUCAAUCUCAUCUUUAUUUCUUGAAAAAGGUGAUGGUCAGUGUGUGUUAGAUUAGGAUCAGGUGAGUGGUCAUGUGAACUUUUAGAAAAGCUCUUUCAUAUUGUAAUGAGAACCAUGUCGCCAGAUGAAAGCAUACCUCUUCGUUUCGGACGUUAGGUCUCACAGUAGACUUCAUUUGUUUUAUUUUUGUUUUGUUGAUAGAGAGACCCGAGUCUCAUCUUCAGAAACCAUAAUCUUCAAUGAACUAUUUCUAUCGUUAUCAUAUCGUAUGAUAAACACAGUUCACUUUAGUUUGUGGCUCUCAUUCAACAUUUUUGAUCCAAUGGACAUACGGUUAAAAAUUUUCGGUAUCAUAGUUCUGUGGUCACAUUUAAACAGGAAAAUUAGUGGAAUUUAUAGAAAUUCUAAUGACAAUUCUCUAAUCGCAAAUCUUUGGGACUCUUUGGUCACUUGGUUAACAUAAUCAACCAAACUUGUAGUAGUGACAGUGCCCUUGUCAGCAGCAUUGUAUCGUCUAACUUGAAGAUAAUACAAUUCGCAAUUCACUAUCUUCGAUCGUCCGUAUGUCGGUGAGGAUUGACCAUCACUACGUAAAUUACUUUUAAGAAGAACCGUAGCUUGAAGAAAAACAUAACUCUAGUACUAUAGAAACAAAAAAGUAUGCACAAAAAUUUAUGAAUGUAUAUUUAAUUACAAUUUUUUAACUAUUAGAUAUUAAACAGCUACACGGCAAUCUAAAAUUUGAGUUAUUGAUAGUUUGAUUUGUGUGUUUUUUGUUGACAAUCCUCUUUUAUGGUCAAAGAACCGCAUUUUUCAGUUUUAAUAAAUGAAAAUAAAAAAUGUACCAAUUGUUCAUGUAGAACUAGUCCGUUAUACACGGAAAAAUGUAUUUAUUGCAAUAAUAUAGAUUAUUUUUACGUGUAAUGAUAAACUAUCAAAAUUGUACUGGAACUCUGUGUUAAUUUUUAGUGAUUAGAAUUUAGAGUAAGACACAAAUUAUUUUAAUACUGUAAAGCGUACCAAAUUUUAAUGCCAAAUAUUUUAAAGUGUACUUAUUAAAGAAGAUAUUUAUUUACACCAUAAAUUAUGUAAUAAAGUUGUAUAUUUUCUUCAAA